GCGAGCUCUGCUUGAGGAGUGGCUGCGGCGACCUCGUUGAAUUGGAAGGAUCUUCCGUGGUGUGGCCUUUAGCAGAGCUGGAUUGUAAAGUGUUUCUCGGCGGGGCAAUGAUUUGUUCGAUUUAGAUUUAGGAACCAGUCUACCCCCUAAAAAAACGCAAGCGCAGUCAGUUGGAUCCCGAUAUAGAAGCCGGUAUUGUUGGAUACUAGUAGGCUGAAAUGUACAGACGCCUCUACUGGAUAUGGAAAGCCUGCACUGUAGCUGAAAGUAGCCGCUGAUGGGUACGAAUGUACUGCGUUAUACCUCCAAGCAGGCAUUGCUGGAUUAGAACAAAUUGCCUUAUUGCUUCAGGUGGGCACGCCUAAUAAACUACACGUUUGCAGACGAUCUGUAUUUUCUCAAAGGUACCGAUUAGCUGGCGCUGCUGCUUCAAGUCUAACAGCCGGUCCGACCUGAAGGAUCACUAUCUCUAUAGGAUCGUAUCUGGAGCUUCUCACCGGCGCAACCGUGAUCUCUCUCUCCCUCUCUCACCUCCCUGCUCCCAAAUGUCUGUCCGGGGGACAUGAGCAACUCGCCAUUGGGUUCUGGAAGUCGAAUUAGUCACUUUACCACGGAAAGCACAGACAGAGGUGACGAAAGAGCUUCUUUCUCCAGCAGAGCCUUUAUCCACACGGUGCCUCCCAGCGAUCCCCAGCGGCAGGCCGGAAGGCUCCCUAUUAAGGUGCUCAAGAUGCUAACAGCCAGAGGCGGACACAUCCUGCACCCCGAAUAUCUUCAACCUCUGCCAUCCACCCCAGUUAGCCCUAUAGAGCUGGACGCCAAGAAGAGCCCCCUUGCACUGUUGGCUCAGACCUGCUCACAGAUCGGGAAGCCGGACCCUGCACCCUCCAAGCUUUCAGCGGUCACAGGCUCCUCAGCAAGUGGCGAUAAGGAGUCCAAGUCCGUGCCACUGAAACUUAGCGACAUAGGGGCAGAGGACAAGUCUAGCUUCAAACCCUACUCCAAGCACCCAGAUAAGAAGGACCAGUCAGCAAGUGACAAAUCCGGGUUCCGAGUUCCUAGCGCCGCCUGCCCUCCCUUCACCCCUCGGACUGGCAGUCCCGGAUCACCUCGCACUCCACCCCCGCCCUCAGAGCCCAAGGCCUCCUCGGAAUGCACAGACAAGAAAGAGAUGGAACAGUGCGCUAAGACUGCGCCCCCUGAUGGCAGUGCGCAUGGCCGGCUAAGCACAGAGCUGACCCAUAGCGAGGGUACGGCGGGAUGUAAGAGCCUGUCCGCUGCUCCAUCACCCACACCAGCCUCGUCCUCUUCCUCUUCCAGCUCUGUGCUGGGCUCCGGGCUUGUGGCACCUGUGUCGCCCUACAAACCAGGUCACACUGUCUUUCCACUGCCUCCUGCUAGCAUGUCCUACCCGGCCACACUAGCUGGGGCUUAUGCCGGCUACCCUCCGCAGUUUCUGGCACAUGGGGUGUCUCUGGAUCCCUCCAAGGGGAGUUCCUUAGUGGGGGCUCAGCUCAGCACCCUGGGGUGCACAGGCAAGUCUGCAGCUUCUAGCCCUCUCACCGGGGCCUCUCCUCCCUCAGUGAUGACUGCUAGCCUGUGCAGGGACCCGUACUGUCUCAGUUACCACUGUGCCUCCCAGCUGGGCGCAGGCGCAACUUGCGCACACGACCUGAAAUCUGGAUACCCUCUGGUAUACCCUAGUCACGCACUCCACGGGGUAUCCCCUCCCUCCCUGCCCGGCCACCCUCUGUAUCCUUACGGUUUCAUGUUGCCCAACGAUCCCCUACCCCAUGUAUGUAACUGGGUAUCGGCCACAGGCCCCUGCGAUAAGCGUUUUUCCUCUUCCGAGGAGCUUCUAGGUCACUUGCGGACACAUACCGCCUUUCCAGGGGCCACGGACAAGUUGCUGCCGGGAUACCCCAGCUCAUCUUCUCUGGCAGCCGCUGCCAUGGCCUGUCACAUGCACAUGCCUCCUACCGGAGCUUCCCCCGGCCCACUUACCUUGCGCAGCCCACACCACCACCCCCUGGGACUCAGUAGCAGUCGCUACCAUCCAUACUCCAAAAGCCCCCUACCCUCAGGGGGUGCGCCAGUGCCAAUGCCAGCAGCUACAGGACACUACUACUCACCUUAUGCUCUAUACGGGCAAAGACUCACUACAGCCUCCGCGCUGGGAUACCAGUGACUGCCACAAGGGGGCCCGCCUAAGGAAUAAUUGACUUAAAUAUAUCCGUUUUUUCCGCGGAAAGAAAUGCGAUUUUGGUUCAUUUGGGGACUGGAUCCUCGAACAAUCUAUUUAUUUCUGUUAGCUCCAAGCAGGACGGCUCAUAAAGUGCAUUUCUGGAUAGGUAAAGUGGAGUUCUCCAAGAAGAGUUAUAAAUAACAGGGAUACACAGUGCAUUUUCUGUUAAUGUUAAGUCGAAUUAAACAAAGGCUCUAGUUAGACUAUACCUUUCAUUGGGUUUAAACCUAGCAUUUUACAUUCAGUGCAUGUUUGUUUCAAAAACAGACAGCUUUAUGUCGGAAUUCAUAUUGCAAUUAUUUUUAAGGCGAACCUAGUAAAAAUAUUAUAAUGGUAUUUUUUGUAUGUGUUCUAAAAAAAUUCAAAAAAUACAGAGAAAAUGCCCUUAUUUGCCUUAUUUUAAAACUUUUUCUCUGUAAUAUCCUUUUAAUCAGAAUGUGCUUUAGGUACACGCUUCACAAUGCAUUUCUUUACCAACCGGGGAGGCUAUUUGUUUUCUGUGGUAAAUUGUUUUGUUAAUAUAUUUCACGGGGUUUAACAUGCCAUUUGGAUUAUGGAACACAAUUUUGUCCGUUUUAACUCAAAAGCCUUUUUAUUUCAAUUAAGAGUAAUUCCAAAAGACAUCCCUGCUUAUUUUCCACUUAUGUUAAAUAUAAGAAUUAAAAAUAUUUAUACUAA